CUUUUUUGUUUUUUUUUUUUUUACAAACUCAAAAGCGAAUUAGGGUUUAAUCUUCCCUGUUUACCACACAAACACACGCGACCACUCAUCCUCUCGUCUCCAGCCACCAUCCCUCCACACGCUGUCACCGGUCACAGAGCCUCUCGCCGGAGCCUCCACACGCGUAUUUAUUUACUCUCUUAAGCCCUUCAGAUCAUCGUCAUCAUCAUCAUCAUCAUCAUCAUCAUCAUCAUCAUCAUCAUACUCAGUUUAUCCCACCAAUAGCAAAGCUAAGGUAGGGUCUGAAGAGGGUAAGAUGUAGACAACCUUACCUCUACCCUGUAGGAAUAGAGAGGCUGCUUCCAGUGAGACCCCCGGCUCAAUAGUAGUUUUGCAUCAAGCCUUGGACAUAAGGCAAAUAACACUCGGCAAUUGAGACAAACACCGAUUAGUGCACGUACCCUCGUUUUUCGGCUAUCAACGCCACCACAAGAUGCAUGAUUAACCAUCCCCCUCUUUUAACGUUAUUUUCAGGAAAUUAGUAAAAUAACGUUAAAAAUAGUACACUUUCACUUUUGCCCCCCGAGCGCCCACACAUAUAUGCUCUUUCCUGAAUUCAAACUGGCGGUGCAGCAAUGGUGGGAUUAUCCGUUGGAGAAAAGCAUUUUAUACAAGGCGGAAUUGCUCAAGACCUCCGUACUGAUGGCCGCAAAAGAUUAACAUAUCGUCCGAUAUUCGUGGAAACCGGAGUCAUUGCUCAAGCGAAUGGUUCUGCAAGAGUUAAGAUGGGUAAAACUGAAGUCAUAGCUAGUGUCAAGGCUGAAUUAGGAAGACCAAGUUCUUCAGCUCCUGAUAAAGGGAAAGUUUCUAUCUUUGUUGAUUGUAGUCCCACUGCAGCACCACAGUUUGAGGGGAGAGGUGGUGAAGAACUGUCAAAGGAACUAUCUGCAGCCCUUAGACAGUGUCUAUUGGGAGGUAAAAGUGGGGCAGGUGCUGGAAUUAAUCUUUCAUCUUUGUCAAUUGUGGACGGAAAAGUUUGUUGGGAUCUAUAUAUUGAUGGUCUUGUGGUUAGUAUGGAUGGAAAUGUGCUUGAUGCUUUAGGUGCUGCCAUUAAGGCUGCUUUAAGCGACACAGGUAUUCCAAAAGUCAACAUUGCAUCAGCCGCCACACCAGAUGAACAACCAGAGGUUGACGUGAGUGAUGAAGAGUUUCUACAAUUUGACACGACAGCAGUCCCGGUUAUAGUUACUUUAACUAAGGUUGGAAGGCAUUAUAUUGUAGAUGCAACUUCAGAAGAGGAAUCACAAAUGAGCUCUGCUGUUUCGGUGUCAGUCAACCGGCAAGGAUUGAUAUGUGGGUUGACCAAAAGAGGGGGUGCGGGCUUAGACUCGAGUGUGAUUCUUGAUAUGAUAUCGGUGGCUAAACAUGUAAGUGAGCAGUUGAUGAACAAAUUGGAUUCCGAGAUUGCUGCAGCUGAGGCUAUGGAAGAAGACUCAUGACCUUCAAUUGAUGUAAAGAGUUUUAUGAUAUUGUGUUAGUGUUCUUAUUCAUAUCAGGCAUGUAUCAUUUACGAUCGAUAGUUUAGUGAGGUUUUGAGAUCAUCA